AUGGCGAAUUCUCAGACCCGUCAGAUGUCACCGAGAGACGACGCACACAGCCGGCUUAGGGACCCCAGCAGGAAAAGGUUGAACGAACUAUAUGGCCGGGUUGUCGACAGGAAGACCGCGGCCAUGACGGCUGUACAACAGCAGCUCAAGGACCUCACAGCUUCCCAUCUCGAGGGCACAUCGGGCCUAUCAGACCGCCAUUUUCAGGAACAGUUCAAACGACUCGAGGAAGAUAUCUACAAUUGCGAGGAAGAGCUUUCCUUGGUCUUGUUCGGCAAGAACCAACUCAUUGGGAUCUUCCAGGACGUCGAUGAAUUCACGGCGGGGCCCGAUACGAGGGAGGACAACGCGGAGCAGCAGAAAUUCAGGCAGCGGGUGAUUGAGAGAUACGAUCCGUGCGGAGGGAAAGAGAAAGAUGGUCCUAGGUGCUCAAUCUCGGGAGUUCAAUGGGGCGUCGUCGCCGCCCACGUUGCCAAUUACAACCUGGGUGAGUCAACUGCACGUAGUCUCUUUGGCAAGGACACGGGGGAGCAUGGUGGUGGCGGCGGCGGCCAUCUCGAUAGCCCACUUAACGGACUGUUGAUGCACCGCGACUUGGAGAAGGCCUGGCGCGCCGGGCGAUUCCUCAUCGUGUCAGACGAUUUCGUCAAUGACAACGGGCGCAGGGAGCGUGGACUCAAGGUAGUCGUCCUGGACUUCGAGCUGGAGAAGGAAUUCUAUGGGUACAGAUAUGACAUAUCGACCCACCAGCUGCAUAAUCGCAGACUUACUUUUCUCAACAACAACCGCCAAGUAACAAGUACCUGA